CCUUCUCAUUUCCCUUCUCUGUGCUCUUGAGCUACAUCGAUUUGCCUGCUGGAUCUUAGAAAACAAUAGAUUACUGUCUUCUAUUUCAGAUUUCAACCUUCCAAGGAAAAAUCUUCUGUUGCAUUUAAGAGAAAAUUAAGCUCACUAAGGUAUGCUAAUUCUUACUAUACUAUUUUAAUGUUAUAAUUAAGAUGCUCUCCAAGUUUAACCUUUUGCAUGUUCUUAACAUUUAUGCUUAUUGAAUUUUUUUUGAUAUUCGUAACUAUGCCUGUGUAUUUCUUUCGGAAACAGCCUCCCUACCGUCCAAGAUAGGGAUAAGAUCUGCGUACAUUUUACUCUCUUCAGACUCCACAUUGUGGGAUUUCACUAAUAUGUUGCUGUUGUUGUUUUAUGCCUGUGUAGUCCUAACACACAUUCAUGAACAUUUUUGUUACACUAAACUUGAGAGGUUAAUUUUAUCAAUAUUUUGUGGUCAAUCUGUCGAACCUGGCAUGUGCAUGCAAUUGAAAAUAAUUUUUUUUCUUUUUGGAUUUCUAAGUUUAUCCUGCAUGAUUUCAUUCUUACAUUUUUUUUCACUUUGUUUUUUUCUUAGAGAAUGUCGAAUACUGGUUCACUCAAGCAAGAAUUUCUCAAGAAAUGGAUACAAGGACUUAAAGCAUGCAGUGCUAAAAAGAAAGAAAUGAGCAUAAUGGAGAGAAAGAAAGCUAUAAAGCUAUCAGCAGAUUUGGCCAUGGCUUCCGCAAGAAACUCUACAACAUAUUGGAGCCAUACCCUUAUGGCCAAUGCUUUACAAGCUAACAAAAACAAAUUCAUUGUUUCCGACAUUCUCGGCAAUGACUCUGAUCAUGGCAUAAAAAAAUCUUCAAUGAGAGUACUGGCCACGUCGCAUAAGAACAUGAGAAGCAAGAAAAUUCUCAAGAAAAGUUGUAGCAUUUCAAGAAGAAGUAAAAAGAAGGCUUUAGGUCGUUGUAUAGCAAGAAAUCUAGUGAAUAAGAGAACCCAAGUUCUAAAAAGACUUGUCCCUGGAGGAGAAUACAUGGAUGAUGAAUGUUUGAUCAAAGAAACCUUAGAUUAUAUCCUUUCACUAAGAGUUCAAGUUGAUGUUAUGAGGCAUCUUGCUAAUAAUGCUACUCACGCGGUUUCUCAUACUACAACAACAUCAUAGUUGUUCCUUUUCUUCUCUUAGUUUUCUUUUUAACCAUCAAGUCAGAAUACUUAUUCUCCUUUAUCUUUUUUUCCCCCCAAACUUUCUCAUGGAAUUUUUUGGGCAAUAGUUUGAUUAUCAAGAAGAAGAAGAAGAAGAAGAUGAUGAUGAUAAUUCUUAGUGUAACCUGUAACAAUGUAUAUAAGACUAUAAGUAAUGCAUAUAUGUUAUACAUAUAUUUUUGGAAGA